AUGUCCUCACUUUAUAUACAGGAAUUUUAUAUAUAAGAACAUUUUUCUAAAUAGGUACCGAUUCAUUCUUAACUUUUAGAUUUAAGCAACUAGUCCCAAGGCAAUAUGGAGUCAAUCUUAAAGUAUUUAAAAAAUUAAUUGUAUAAUUCAGGAAAACUACCUAAGGAAAUCAUCUCUAUUAUUUCUUAGACAGGAGUUGAACAUUUAGGGAUAGUAAAGAUAAAAAUACUUUAAUUAGAAAAAAUUUCCCAUCAGAUAAAUUUCAAAAAGGUCUUAGAUAAUACCAAGCAAAAAAUGA